AUGAGUAUUAAUCUGGUAGUUGGUGGGUUUACUGUAAACGUGAUUAGUGCAUACGAUUCUGAGGUAGGUUUGGACCAAGAGGUCAAGAAGCAAUUCUGGGAGGAUUUGGACGAGAUGGUGCGUAGUAUCCCGCACACAGAUAAGCUAUUCAUUGGCGGAGAUUUCAAUAGCCAUAUUGGGGCUAGUGUUAGGGAUUAUGAUGAUGUGCAUGGCGGGUUUGGUUUUGGGGAUAGGACUAAGGGAGCUAACUCGAGUUUUCCGAAGAGGAAAGAGCACCUGUUCACUUUCCGGAAUUCAAUGAGCAAGACUCAGAUUGAUUAUCUUCUCUAUAGGAAAUGCGAUAAAGGUCUAUGCACUGACUGCAAGGUCAUCCCAAGUGAGCACCUCAUGACCCUACAUAGGCUCCUAGUUAUGGACCUGGAGAUCAAGAGGAGUAGGAGGAAGAGGGCAGGGUGCAGGCCACCUAAGAUCAAGUGGAGUAACUUGACCGAGUACAAAGCUCAGAAGUUAGGGGCAAAGUUGUUGGCUAUGAGGGCCUGGAUGAGUAGGGGGACGCGUCUAUACAAGGAGAGGAAGAAGGAUUUGCAUAUGGUGUUUAUUGACCUUGAGAAAGCGUAUGAUAAAGUCCCAAGGAAGGUCCUGUGGAGGUAUUUAGAGGUUAGAGGCAUUCCGGUAGCGUACGUUAGGGUGAUUAAGGAUAUGUAUGAUGAUAUUAAGACUCAGGUGAGGACUGUGGGUGGUGACUCAGAGCAUUUCCCUGUGGUGAUGGGGUUGCACUAA